ACCGCUAGAAGAUAUGAUCACCUGUCACAGACUGUUCUGAACAAAGAAUGAGAUGUAGUGCAGGGGUGUAUUGGAGCUGCUGGAACUCUCCUGUUUGUGAACAGAUGAGGCUGUAACAGAAGGGGGCUGAUUCAGGGAUUGUUAGAGCUCAGAGAGAGUCGGUGUGGGGGGUAGUAUACAAAAGAGGGGAGCAGUGCACAGCAAAGGUAAACAAGGCCUUUAAUCAAUCAGUGAAUGUUUGAAAGCAGGGAAGAGUCUAGAAAACUCAGGAUGUGAAAGGAGGUGACCUGCAGUUCAUAUAGGAGGUUAUAAGUAGAGGAGCUAACUGUGCCAGGAAUACGGAGCAGACCUCAGCUGUUGCACGAGCCCGGUCCAAUCCCAUUUGUCAGAGCUCUCCUCCUGUUCUCAUCGACUGCCCUCCUUCUUGCCUCUGCCUGAUCACUCCCUUUCCUCACCGGAGCAAUGCAUCCCCAGCGUCCUCUUCCCCAAGCCAUGCCUUCCUCCUCUCUGGGACAGCACCUGCGGGACAUGGCCAUGGGUCUGGGACGAGGCAAGAACUUCUUGGGAGGAAACUUUGCCUACAGUUUCAUCCAGUCAGUUAAGGAGUGCCUUUAUUUCCUUCUCUGCUGCUGGUGCAUCAAAGAGAUCCUGGACUGACAGACUGAGUGAGAGUAGCUCAAGUGGUCAUUGAUUUUCCCUGUUUCUCCGUUGGCUCCUAUAGUGUAAUUUCAACCAGCUUUUGUUUCAUCAGAAAUGGAGCGUUUGAUCAGUGGUGCUGGCAAAGCAUUGGCAAGUAUGAGUCUUGUCUCAUAUGACAACAAUUUACCACUUCAGUAGCCUACAUAGUGAAUCAAAAUCUCUCUAAUGUAUAUAAUGCAAUUACCUACAAAAGAAGAGGCUCUCGAUUUUAGAAAAUGUCAAUUUCAUUGAGGAGUAGGUUUACUAAAUCAUAAAACUGUUUAAUGCACUUACACACAGAUAAUGUUUUUAUUUCUGUUUUUUCAGGGUCUAUGAGAUGCUCCUCUUGGGUUUUCAGGAAGCACACUGGCACAUUUCCAGCUGCUACAAAUGUUCAUAGUUUUCUGAAUUCAACCCUGUUGAUCUGAGAUCUUGAGGAAUGGCACCCCUGAUGUUCACUGUACAAGACAAACUGGUGUGGCAAUAAAUAAAGGAACUAAUGAAUAGAAAAAUA